AUGUCUGCCGCUAAGACCAAAGCCCAGGGCAUCAUCAACGACAACGCCGUUGUCGUCUUCUCGAAGUCCUACUGCCCCUACUGCUCAUCCAGCAAGAGUCUCCUCGACAAGCUGAAGGCGAAAUACGUCGCCAUUGAACUCGAUAACGAGAGCGACGGCGCCGCCAUCCAGGACGCCCUUCAGGAAAUCACCGGCCAGCGCACCGUCCCUAACAUCUUCAUCAAGCAGACGCACAUCGGUGGAAACUCCGAUCUGCAGGGUCGCAGUGAUCUGCCUAAGUUGCUGAAGGACGCUGGUGCUCUUUAG